AUGAUCCCACAAGCACCGCUACGGGAGGUCACGCCCCCAACCACCCUCUCCAAGUCAUAUCUCCAAAGCAAUCAUGCGCCAUCACAGCACGCAGCUACCUUGGUCGCUGCGGUAUCGCGCCACGAUGCCAUGCGCUUAUCAAGAGCAACCGACCUGGGCUCGACUGCUAAGGGCAUCAUGAUAGGCAUCUUCUCUGUAUUGGGUGCUGCAGGCGUUUGCCUAAUUAUUGCCUCGAUUAUUUACUACUUCCGAUAUACACAACAAGGACGCAUCUUCCUGGACCGGUUGUCGCGGCCUGGCGAGUACGACGAUGAGCAACAGUUCGCGAAGGAGGAGGCCGAGGCGCUGGAAGACAUGGACGACCUCCAAAGAACCGAGUACAUGAGAGCCAAAGCCUUUGUGCAGGCAAACCCUCCCGAAUCCGUUCAGACCGACAUCUCCUUAUCGCAGUUCCUGGCAAUCCAAGAGAAGGGCGUGUCUGCAUGGGAGUUCGAGCCCGAACUUGAAAUCGCCAACUGCUUCGUCGAGGGCCGGACCGAAAUCGAGUUCUUCGACUCAGAGUGCAGCGUUCAGAGCAACCUACCAAUCCCGAAACAAAACGAGGUCUACUACUGGGAAGCCAAGGUGUACGAGAAGCCAGAGACCACGAGCAUAGCUAUUGGUGUCACGACAAAACCCUACCCGCUCUUUAGGCUACCUGGCUACCAUAAGUCCUCUAUCUCGUACAUGUCCAACGGAAACCGACGAUGCAACCAGCCCUUCACGCCAUCUGCAUACGGGCCAGCCUAUGUCCAAGGAGACGUUAUCGGUGUCGGGUACCGACCACGCACUGGUACCAUCUUCUUCACACGCAACGGCAAGAAACUCGACGACGUCGCACACGGCCUCAAGACCCAGAACUUCUUCCCAACCGUCGGCGCAAACGGACCAUGCCAGGUACAUGUCAACUUUGGUCAAAUGGGAUUCGUCUUUAUCGAAGCAAACGUGAAGAAGUGGGGUCUUGCACCACAAACAGGCAGCUUGGCGCCCCCACCACCUUACGGCAGUGAACAAGGAUCAAUUCUUCUCGACUCUGGCCGUGAUGGUGUAAGAGAGGGCAUGGGUAGCAACUACAUGCAGGCUGGUUUCGGACAUGGACGAUCAAGCAGCCAGCAGAUGCGCUUCGGACGCAACCAGCCAACGAGCCCAGGACCUCAGCGCAGCCCAACAGACAUAUCGCUUGCCGCGCUCAGCCUUGUGGAUUCGAAUGAAGACAGGGGUGAAGGUGCGAGUGCAGACUCCGGACGAACUACAAUCGACGCUGCCCAAGGACUCGGCCUCCUACAACCCGGCGAUCUACCACCAGAGUACAGCAGUCCUGUCGGCUCACCCCGCAUCAGCAGCACCGAAGACCGUAGAGAAAGCUAUUGGGACAACGAGCGCGCACCGCUCCUGAACAACCAGCAGGAGCGAUCAGAAAGCAGCCCACCCAUCCCCACCUACGACGCCGCGGUCGCCGACGCAUCACAAAUCCGCCCACCUACAAUCCGCGUACGAAGCUCCACACAAACAUCUCGUCCACGAGGGCCACGAUAA